AGAACUUCGAACCGUGGACGAGCCAGUUCAGUGAGCGCUGGGGAACCUGGAGGGAGGGAGGCGGAGUGAGUGAGAGUGAGUGAGAGAGAGAGAGAGAGAGAGAGAGAGAGAAAGGAAGAAGGAAACGGAGACCUGCGUAAACAGAAGCACUAACACGCGCACACACACACACACAGACGCAGACGCGCACACACGCACAGGCAAACGCUCUCGAGGAGGAGGGGGAAAAAAGCACAUGGUGUGAAAAUGCCCACGAACUUCACGGUGGUCCCGGUGGAGGACGGGCACGAGCCGGCCCCGGCCCGCGACGACAACGCCCUGCGGGAGGAGGACGAGGACGACCCGGAUCGCUCGGCGGGACACUCAGGAGAUGGCCUCCCGAAGGAGGACAGCCCGUUCAUCAACAACACCGACGGCGAUAAGGGGAAUCUGUACGACGGGAAAAACAUGGCUCUCUUCGAGGAGGAGAUGGACAGCAAUCCCAUGGUCUCCUCGCUGCUCAACAAGCUGGCCAACUACACCAACCUCACGCAGGGGGUCAUCGAGCACGAGGAGGCCGAGAACCUGGAGGGGGCCAAGAAGAAGACCGUCCAGAGUCCGCAGAUGGGCACCUUCAUCGGGGUCUACCUCCCCUGCAUGCAGAACAUCCUGGGCGUCAUCCUCUUCCUGCGUCUCACCUGGAUCGUGGGCACCGCGGGCAUCCUGGAGUCCUUCGCCAUCGUCUUCAUGUGCUGUGCCUGCACGAUGCUGACGGCCAUAUCGAUGAGCGCCAUCGCCACAAACGGCGUGGUUCCAGCCGGCGGGUCGUACUACAUGAUCUCGCGGUCCCUGGGCCCGGAGUUCGGAGGGGCCGUGGGGCUCUGCUUCUACCUGGGGACCACCUUCGCCGGGUCCAUGUACAUCCUCGGCACCAUCGAGAUCUUCCUGACCUACAUCGUGCCGAACGGCGCCAUCUUCACGGCGGAGCGGAAGGAGGACGAGCAGGCGGCCAUGCUGAACAACAUGCGGGUGUACGGCACCUGCUGCCUGGCCCUCAUGGCGCUGGUGGUCUUCGUGGGCGUCAAGUACGUCAACAAGCUGGCGCUGGUCUUCCUGGCGUGCGUGGUGCUGUCCAUCAUGGCCAUCUACGCCGGCGUCAUCAAGACCGCCUUCGACCCGCCUGACUUCCCGAUCUGCCUCCUGGGCAACCGGUCCCUGAAGAACCUGGAGUUCGACAAGUGCGUGAAGUCGGAGACGGUGGGCAACGCGACGGUCCCCACCGCGCUCUGGGGCCUCUUCUGCGACGGCGUGUCCGCCAACGCGUCCUGCGACGAGUACUUCCGGGACAACAACGUGACGGAGAUCCAGGGCAUCCCGGGCCUGCUCAGCGGGGUCAUCUCAGAAAACUUGUGGCCCAGCUACGCCCCCGGCGGAAUGCUGGUGGAGAAGCCGGGGCAGCCGUCCACCCCCCCCAAGGACACGUCCCAGGACAUCAACAGACCCUACAUCUUCAACGACAUGGCCACCUUCUUCACCCUGCUGGUGGGCAUAUACUUCCCCUCGGUGACAGGAAUCAUGGCCGGGUCCAACAGGUCUGGAGACCUGAAGGAUGCUCAGCGUUCGAUUCCCACGGGAACCAUCCUCGCCAUAGCAACCACAUCCUUCAUCUAUAUCUCCUGCGUGGUGCUGUUCGGUGCGUGCAUCGAAGGCGUGCUUCUGAGAGACAAGUUCGGCGACUCGGUGAAGAGGAACCUGGUGAUCGGCAUCCUGUCCUGGCCCUCCCCCUGGGUCAUCGUCAUCGGCUCCUUCUUCUCCUGCUGCGGGGCGGGGCUGCAGAGCCUCACCGGCGCCCCCCGGCUGCUGCAGGCCAUCGCGCGCGACGGCAUCAUUCCGUUCCUGCAGGUGUUUGGUCAUGGUAAAUCUAACGGGGAGCCCACCUGGGCACUGCUGCUGACCGCGGGCAUCUGUGAGAUCGGCAUCCUGAUUGCCUCCCUGGACGAGGUGGCGCCCAUUCUCUCAAUGUUCUUCCUGAUGUGCUACCUGUUUGUGAACCUGGCCUGUGCGGUGCAGACCCUGCUCCGUACCCCAAACUGGAGGCCCCGGUUCAAGUUCUACCACUGGACUCUGUCCUUCCUGGGAAUGAGCCUCUGCCUCUCCCUGAUGUUCAUCUGCUCCUGGUACUAUGCUCUGGUCGCCAUGCUGAUCGCCGGGUGCAUCUACAAGUACAUCGAGUACAGAGGAGCGGAGAAGGAGUGGGGCGACGGGAUUCGGGGCCUGUCCCUGAACGCCGCCCGCUACGCCCUGAUCCGGCUGGAGGAGUCCCCGCCCCACACCAAGAACUGGAGGCCGCAGCUCAUGGUGCUGCUGAACCUGGACUCGGACCUCGGGGUGAAGCACCCGCGGCUGCUGUCCUUCACCACGCAGCUGAAGGCGGGGAAGGGCCUGACCAUCGUGGGCUCCGUGCUGGAGGGCACCUACAUGACCAAGGCCUCCGAGGUCAAGUGCUCCGAGCAGAACGUGAAGGCCGCCAUGUCUGCGGAGAAGACCAAGGGCUUCUGCCACGUGGUGGCGUCGUCCAACCUGCGCGACGGCUUCUCGCUGCUCAUCCAGUCGGCCGGGCUGGGCGGCAUGAAGCACAACGCCGUGCUGAUGGCCUGGCCCUGCAGCUGGAGGCAGGCCGAGAGCUCCCUCUCCUGGAAGAACUUCAUCGAGACGGUGAGGGAGACCACGUCGGCCCACCAGGCCCUGCUGGUGUCGAAGAACAUCGACUCGUUCCCGUCCAAUCAGGAGAGGCUGGGGGGCACCAUCGACGUGUGGUGGAUCGUGCACGACGGGGGUCUGCUGAUGCUGCUGCCCUUCCUGCUCCGGCAGCACAAGGUGUGGCGGAAGUGUCAGAUGCGCAUCUUCACCGUGGCUCAGAUGGAUGACAACAGCAUCCAGAUGAAGAAGGACCUGCAGAUGUUCCUGUACCACCUGCGGCUGGACGCCCAGGUGGAGGUGGUGGAGAUGCACGACAGCGACAUCAGCGCCUUCACGUACGAGAAGACCCUGGUGAUGGAGCAGCGCUCGCAGAUGCUGAAGCAGAUGCAGCUCUCCAGGACGGAGCGGGAGAGAGAGAUUCAGAGCAUCACUGAUGAGUCCCGCAGCUCCAUCAAGAGGAAGAAACAGGCGGGAAAGAGCGCCUCCAGUAACCAGCUGCAGGUCCCGCAGCCGGACAGCUGCCCCCCCGAAGCCGAGGCCCAGCUGAUCCACGACAGGAACACGGCGUCCCACGCCGCCCUCAACGAGAAGGCCCAGGGCGGGCCCGACCGCGUGCACAUGACCUGGACCAAGGAGAAGCUGUACACCGAGCGGAACCGCAACCGCGAGCAGAACAUGGGCGUGCGCGACCUCUUCAACAUGAAACCAGAGUGGGAGAACCUGAACCAGUCCAACGUGCGCAGGAUGCACACGGCCGUCAAGCUGAACGAGGCCGUGGUCAGCAAGUCCCAGGAUGCUCAGCUGGUCCUGCUCAACAUGCCGGGACCCCCCCGGAACAAAGACGGGGACGAGAACUACAUGGAGUUCCUGGAGGUUCUGAUGGAGGGGCUGAACCGCGUGCUGCUGGUGCGGGGGGGCGGGCGUGAGGUCAUCACCAUCUACUCGUAGCGCUGCGGCGGGGGGAGGGGUCCGGCGGCGCCCGCGUGGGCCAGCGUUACGGGACGGGGGGCGCCCAGGCGUCUGCGUGCUAGGAGGAGGGGGGUCUUAACGUUCCCCUCAGGACCAGGAGCGAUGCCACUACGGGGGCCACCUCACACCCGAGCCAGGAUGGCCUUGGGACACCACUAACUACAGCCUCAUCAGAUAUUACUCAGCUUCUCCUCACUCUUUAAAAUGUCUUUAUUAUGUGUGUAAAUACAGCGGACGCUCAUGCUAAUAUUAUUAUAUUUGUGUGUCUUAGUUCUGUUUUUUUUUUAAUUAACUGUUGCAGUUAUUUUGGUUUCACGUAACCUGGAAAAGGACUUUUUUUGCACAAGCUCGCUGAGGCCUGAGGUUUGUUUCGGCUCUGUUCGCUCCCCACAGCGCCCCCUGGCUGUGGAGUACUGUAAUAGCGACAGCCUUUCCCCAUGUAUGCAAUAUCUUAUAAAGGGGGAGGGGGGGGGGGGGGGUAAACAGGAAUGUUGGAUAUUUUAUGUUCUUUGUGUUUUUUGUUGUUUGUUGUUAAAUAAUGUACUUAACCUGUAUAUCCGUGUUGAAGCUUGUACCAAAGCGGUGCGUGUGGCUAGCAGGCUAGCGGACUAGCCGAUUAGCGAACUAGCGGACUAGCUGUGCAGCGCGGCGUUAGAGGCUGUUCUAAGCCUGAAGGGAGACGUAGCCUUAAUGUUUUCAUUUUGCUUUUCUGCGUUGGCCACUACCGGAAGGACCCGGCCUUCAGUGGCUGUCCUCUGUGAGGGGGGGGGGUCCUGUGAGAACGAGGCAAUAACAGUGACAGGCCGGGUGGGCCGUCUGUAAAUAUGCCUGUUUUUAUUUUUACUCAGGCAGGUGAGUUGCACACGGCUGCGCGGCGCGAAUCGCUUGAUUGGCCCCGGAAAGUCCUCCCAGCCCUCGGGCCAAAGUGACCUCUGCGCUCAUUUGCAUAUCCCACAGAGAGCUGCGUCUUAACCAAUCGCGCGCUGGUGCACCCUGGAGUGCCGUUUUAGGGACAGAGAGUAGCUCUCGUGGUUUUGUUUUUGCCGGAGGAUGUGGACGAUGCAGCGAUGGCUGCCCAGUGCUCUGUGGCAGUUAGACAUGUCUCCACCCGCACGCGGUGGUCAUGUGACCAAGUGGAGCCAAGGCAUUGGUGGUAGCCAUGGCAACGGGAAGUGAAGCCAUAGAGAGAGGUGGUCUCGGGUGUGAGCGCCCUUGGGAAUCAGUGGGCUAAAGCAGCGACGCUGUAGCGACUCUGGACUGUGCGGAGGGGAGCUGGGGCUUUUCCAUUAUGGGUCUGUCAGGUGUGUGUGUGAGUGUGUGUGUGUGUCUGUGUGUGUGUGUGUGUGUGUGAGUGUGCGUGUCUGUGUGUGUGUGAGUGAGUGUGCGCAUGAGCGUAAGUGUCUGUGUGUGCAUGUGUGUGAGUGUGUGUGAGUGUGAGUGUGAGUGUGAGUGUGAGUGUGAGUGUGAGUGUGAGUGUGUGUGAGUGUGUCUGUGUGUGUGUGUGUGUGUGUGUGUGUCUGUGCGUGUCUCUGUGUGUGUGUGUGUGUGUGUGUGUGUGUGUGUGUGUGUGUGUGAGUGCACGUGCACAUGAGCGUAAGUGUCUGUGUGUGUGUGUGUGUGAGUGAGUGUAUGUGGUCACAUGGAACAAAUCCCCAGUCAUGAGAGUGAAGCUUUGCGUGUCCUGUUGAAUACCUGGGUUGGUUUUACCUUUUGAUUCAUUGCAGGGAAGGCAUGGCCACAGUGAGGAUUUUCGCUAAUCUUUUUUUGGCUCACGAUUAGUGCUGUUCUGCAGAUCUUUAGCUGUGAGAAAGGAGCAGCUGUCGUGGCAGAUGUUGCCUGUCCAAGUCCCCUCAGUUUCCUAAUCCUGCUCCCAUGAUGCAGCACAAAAACGGUCCCGUCUUGGAUUUUUAAUACUUCACCGACGUUCAAGCUCCGCCUCACUGAAAUUCACAGUUUUAUGCACACAAUGUCAUUUCACACGAGCACUUUAGAUUUCUAGUGGAAGCACUCACGGAACGAUGUGCGGACUGGCCAGGCCUUGCUGUAAAGCUACGCUACAGGGAGAAACCCUGCCAUGUGACCACACGAGAGAGCUCAAAAGACCCGCCCUCAGAGCUGUCACUCACGACUUCGCCACGGAAACCAAGCAGUCAGGUGACCACCGGGAAUCCGCAGGGUCAUUCAUAACCGUGAGACCCCCCAUUCAAUGCCUUUGUGUAGAUGCUGCCUCUUCCUGUUUUUGUUUUUUUGUCUGGCGUGAAACCAGGCCCUCUGUUUUAAUGCCCUGACGUGGACAGUUUUAUAAUGCAUCUGAGUAGCUCUGCUUUCUCCCCAGGCUCCUGCAGCUCAGUAUAAAGUAUAUGUGUUGGGCGCCUGCUAUUGUGUUAUAAAUGAUACUGUAUAACUGCUGAAAAGAGACGUUGUUCUAAAUGUACUGUAUAAUUUUUUUGUUUUUUUAAUUAUUUUUUAAGUAUCCUAAUAAAGUGUAUCUUUUGCAUAAGUAGAAAUGUGCCAAAAAAAAAGAAA